AUGGGAACAAAAUUCGGUGACCCUGCUGGCUCGGCCUGCCAAAUCCAACAAGUCUGCAUCACUUUAGCAAAGAAUAUUAGGAAAACCCUCCUACUAAUUUACCUUUUCCCGAACAAAAAAUGGAAAAGGGUUCGCUUUGACUCGUUGACAUCCUAUCAGUUCUCAGAAGCCUUGCUUUCUAAGCUUGUGCCGUUCUUCGUCCUUAUCGAAAUUUCUUCGCCUCUGAGGCUGUUCUCAGGCCGUAACCAAUUAGAAAUUCCAAUCGGGAUACCAAAUGAGUCUCUGAUGGAAUUAGAGAAUAAACCCAAAUUCUCAGAAUCGUACUUCUCCACAGCAGCAGCGGAAGCUUCACUGUUUAACAUAUCACCAGUCCCAUACCAUUCCAUUCGCAUACCCCCUACAUCACGAAACCAGCCGCAUCGCCACUCUUGCCCUAGGACCAUGCUCAGUCUGAAUGCCAUCCAAAUUCUCCUCCGGAGUAAGAAGCUUAAUAUUACUCGCCCUUCUUUAGUUCAAGAUAGAAUUAUAGAAGAUGAGUAA